AUGGCCGUGUGGAUUUCUUAUGAUGGAGGGAAUGUUUUUGUACCAAUACUUAAAAUUAAUGAGAAUCUUGUUGAAACAGACACAUGUGUUUACACCCAAGCUAUUGUAUUUGUGACUGACAAGGGUAAUGUUUUCUACACCAAGGCAGGUUUACUAAAAUAUGCCAGGCUUACAGUAAAACCAUACCCUGUCUUCAGCAUGUACUUUGACCACUUGGGAAUCUUAAAUCAUAUAAUCCCAAAUGGGACAAGUAAGGAUGAUUUAUUAAUUCAUCAGUUAGACGUGGCCACAUUAUUGAAGGAGGACGAUCUGGGUUUUAAUAAUGGUUUGGCAGCACAGUAUGUAACUGAAGAGCAAAUGAUUUUCUGUAACCAUAUGCCAUUGACUGCAGGAGUUGAUCCUUCAAUUUUCAGUCGGCUGCACAUAGCUAAGGCAUUAGUAUAUGGGCCAGGAGGAUCAGGUAUAAUCUACAGUGUAUUCAGGAAGACGGUUUCUCUAGACUUUAUAUCAUGUGUCCAUGUAAAUGUUCUGGAUCGUUUUCCAGUUGAAUCAAAAACUGACUCCCCUUGUAUAUCAAAUACUUUAACUAUUUCAGCUCCUGACCUUGGCCUUAGGGACUAUAAGCUUAAACUUUCUACUACAGGUUUUGGUGUAUUUAAAGCAUCUGAUGUUGAGAAAACAGUGGUAAUUCCAGGUUCUAGCAGUUUAUUCAUUACUAAGAUUGUGGAUGACCACACUGCUUUAGGACAUCCUAUUAUGCCUAAUCAAAUAACUUUAUACAAACCCAUUCAAAGUGGGCAGUGGUUUUUAUUUGACUUUGGCACUACAAGCGGAAGAAAAUGGAAAAUUGUUGUUGACAUGUGUCGAUACACAAUACAGCAGUUUGAUGACCUACCACUCCAUGCUAUUAAUUACUUAGAUCUUGGGUCAGAACUGAAUUUUACAUUCAGAGUAACUCCAGUUAAUGUAGCCUACCAAGCAUUUCAUAUUCAGCUAAUGAGAGUAGUAAGUGGAAGGCCAUCUCUGCUGGAUGUGACCACAGAAGACUUUUGGGAUGACAGUGAUAGUUAUGUAGUCUAUAUCAAUGUUCAGAGUAAAUUUUUUGAAAAGGGUAAAACCUCCAUAGCAAUUAUUAUGACAUAUGCAUCCCUUGCUUGUGAAGUUACAACUGUUGUCUUAACAAUGAAGAAUGCCUGCUCUUAUCUUAAAUCAAUGCACUAUGUUCUGCCUGUUAAAAUCCCUGAGACAAAAUGGCUAUCUGAAAGACAUGAUUCUGAACUCAAUGACUCAGCAACUUCCAGAGUUUUGAAGAAUCUGCCGGUGAAUUACAGGCCACCAUCUAUACUGGGAAUUACUGUUCCACUCACAGAAAACUUUUACAAUGCUGACCCAAGCAAGCCUAGAAUGAGAGACUAUUUCGAAAAAUCUAAAGCUACUGGGCGGUACAAGCAAUGUGCUAACAAGACCAAUAGAGAACAGUGUAAAUGUACAAAAAAUAUGAAGCUUUCAUUCUCUGUUGCCUUUUCAGAUUGUAAAGAGAAGGCUCUCAGAAUGAAAUUCCCUGUAAUAAGACUUCCUCUCUAUUUCACUAUUGAAGAUGAGGGUCAUUCCAGGAACCUGACAUCUCCUUAUUUUAUCACAAUAACAGAAGUCAACAACAGAACAAACUGGAAAGUUUCAGGUACCAACACAACAUCAAGUACAUUAAAAAUGAAGAAAUAUUUGGAAAAUGACCUUGACAUCGAGCUAUACAAUCCAGAUGGUUUGACAAUAAGCAUAACAGGAUCGGAGCUUUUCCAUUUCAGGGUAUCCACUAUUCCCGGAGUCUCCUUUUGCAACUUAUAUGAUGAAUUUCAGAUUUAUGUUGACGAUUCUCCACUGGCUUUUCCAGGACAGUAUCUUAUCAGUUGCAUUACAGCUAUACUAAUAGGAGGUAUUAUCUUUGUGGCCUUUAUUCUGCAUAUGUAUGAAAUUCAGAUAGGAAUUCUUUUGAAUAGGAAGUUCAGAAAAAAUAAGGUGGCAUCAAAAUCCUCAUUUACUACAGUUUCAGGCACUUCCACUGAAACUAGUGAAAAGUGAGAGUGAACAAUAAAAACAAUAUCCUCAUUUUAUCAAUUAACAAUUUAAUAUACCAGUGAUGGAUAAUUCUUCCCUUUUACAUGUUCAAAAAAAGACUUAGAAGUCUUUUUUAAAAAGAUGCAAAUAAUUUUGUUUUUCUGUAUCUUAGAAGACAUUUUUAGUUACUGUUCAUUGUGAUUUAUUAAUUAUUUCAUUGCAACAAGGUGUGAUUUAUGUGUAAAUGUAUGUAUACAUUUUAAUACUUUGUGGGCUGAAGUUGACAAAACCCCAUCAAAGUGAUAUAGCCUUAAAUGAAACUAAAAGUAUAAGAUACUACUAAAUAA